UAUCGAAGUACCGCGUUCGUGCGCUUUCUGCAGUUAGUCGUCUAUUCCACGCUGGUGUCCGCCGGGCAUUCUUCCAUUCCCAGAUCUGACAAAUCUGCAAUUUUUUUGAAUACCGUUGAGUUAUGGGCAAAGGCCAACCAAAAGAGCCCAAAAUUGAACAGUCUGUGGUCGAUUUGUGUAAAAGAACUGUGGCAAUGAACUUGCUACAGUGCUACCCCACAACAACGGUAGACGAAAUGAAUUGCGAGGAAUGGGGAAAUGGAACGGAAAGUACGCAGUCAGUAGCUGCGUGCCAAGGAUGUAUUGAGCUCAGGAAAGAAGUAACCGAUCUUCGACAAGCAGUGAAUUUGAUACUGCCUAUGUUACCUUUGUAUCCAACUAUUGGAAAUGGAUUCAAUGCGACAGGAUUGGCAGCACAGCCAACUCUACAGCAUGUGAUACAGCAGAGUUUGUUACGCAAACGACCUGUAGCUCAAACACCAACCGUUCCACAGCCCGAGUGCCCGGGUCAGAUACGGCCAGUUUUAAGCUCACCCGCUGCAGCAUUGCAAAACGUAAUAAUGUUGAACCCAUGGAUAAUGGGAUCAUCAUUGAAACCAGCAUCGCCGACAUUACCUAAUGGACAAAUACCAACAACAAUUGGUGAGACAUCUCUUCAAGGUACAGAUGACCAGACAGUCAAAUGGAUAGGCCCUUCCAGCGUGGAUAGUAAUGGACAGAAAACUGACAGUUCUGCAGCUUCCGCAGGCGACAAUCAAAACAUUGACGUAAUUGGCGAUGGCAGUGAAUCGCCGACCUCUUCAAAUCACAGCGCACAGGAAAUUGCUCUCAUGACGUCUCAACAAACAUUUCUGAAUGCUUUAAAGGAUUCUUCGUUUUUAUUCACAAAUCCAGUACCAACAGUUGAAACAGCUCCACCACUCCGUGUUGCCCCACCAAUCAAUGGAACAACAAACGGAACUGCUAAGGCUGGUGGUCCAGAACGAAAACCAAGGAAACCAGUGAAUGACGACAUUGUCAAAAUUGUUAGGAAUCAAGAUUUGAGCGAGGAGAAUAUUUCAAUGUUCGAAAUCCCCGUUCCAAAAGCAAUAGCAUCUGAUCCAACUUUCCGACCAGUGUCAGAACAACAAAUUAUUCAACAGAUCAUUCAAGGCAAAAAGUAUGAAGAGAUGGAAGUUGGUGAAUGCAUGAUUCAGCUUUGUAAGAAGUUAGCAGAAAAGCGUGUCUUUGGACCACGUCUCAUGUCACAAACCACAGUUGCUGGUCUCAACCACUCGAACUAUGCAAAUCUUCCAAUCAAAGGAAUUUGCUAUAUUCAACAUGUCUGUAGAAAAGUCUUAUAUGACAAGUUUGAAAACGAGGAAGACUUUUGGGACAAAUUCCGCGAGGCAAUGCGCAAAUUGGCAGCCAGAUGUCGCAGAGUUAGGCAUGCCAAAAAGACAAAACACAACAGAGAAGAGGCUCAGGCAGAAAUGUUAAGCAAAAGAUAUGGAGAAGAUAUGCCGUUCAAUUUGAACGGAGCUGGUUUGAUAAGGCCCAAAGUGGAAACAGUAUCGCCUGAAGCUAACAUCUUGAAUAGCGAUCAAAUAAAGAGCCAGCUUGAAAGUUUAUUUGCACAUAUUCCAAAAACUGAGAGCGAAACGCCACUAAUUGAAAUAAUUCAACAAAACAUCAGUCUCUUCACCCAUCUUAUCCGAACUAAAGUGGAAUCACAAUCUCCUCCUCUUCAAGGUCCACAAUAGAAUGCCAAUUUUUCGAGUCAUCCUUCGGGCAAUGUUCAUUACACUUUCUCUCUGUUGUACUUGAGCAUGUUUCAAUUUCAAUCACAAAUGCCUUUUUUGGAGAGAAUUGAAGGCAAAACCAAACUAAAUUGAGUUUGGUGGAAAUUGAAAUUGCAACAUGCUCAAUUCAUUUUGUUUUUUUCUUUUAACUAUAUGGAUGCCACGCUGGAUUGACUCUUCCGUACACUCACGCUCAUUCCAAAUUAUCCCCAUCUGACCCCGGACUGUUUUAUCCAAACCUAUACUGAUGUAUAUUGUAUGCGGCAUGUUAUUUUUUCAUAACCACAAGCAUUUAGCGCUUUCGGCUUCAGAUUUCUAAUCGCUGUUUCUUUACUGCUUUGCCCUUUUUUCUAACUUCUGAAUUUCGUUAUUAUGCAACAAUUCUACCUCAAUUUUUUUGUAUCUUUCCCCAAUUCUAGUUGACAUUAUUGGUUUUGAUUGUUUUCCUAGCUCUGAAAUCCCACAACUAGGCGCCACUGAAUUGUAUCUUUCAUUCCCACUUUCGUUUUUCGCACAUUGUAGUAUCUCUCAAUUAGGAAACACUUGAAAACCUCUAUUGCUUAGGAUUGAUGAGAGAUAUUGCUUUUUCCUGCACUCACUUUACCUUUGUCUCACCUCAAAAAUUGCUCUCAGGAACAUUCAAAACUCAGGAAUUUGUCACCUUGGUCUCUCAUCAUAUAUCUUACCUCUUGUCACACCCCCCAUCCCCAGUCUCAAGUUCAUUUCUUACUUUGUAACUCCGUUUAGUGCGCCCAAUUCUCGUCAUUUUGAUUACACUCUCUUUUAAUCCAACUCAGGGAACCAAUUUUUUUUCUCAUUGAACUCAGGAAUUUCUUCUACCUCAGGGAACCUACCUCAUCCACUUUUCAGUUGUUUGGGGCCAAAUAUCUAUAUCCAAAGUAGUAGUCUACAAUUUAGUAUUUUAUUAUUACCUCCCGCCGUUUUAGCUUUUAAUGUUAAAAUCAGGAACUUUUGAAAAUGAUCUUCACCUCAUUCAGAAGCAAAAAUCAGGCAUUUUCCAAAGAUUUUGAAAACACAUAAACCUCCUUCCAAGUCAAAACUCACAACCAACUCAGGGACCUUUUUCUUACUUCUGUAUCACAAAAAUGAUUAUAUUUCUGAUGAAUGUUGCUCUGUCAUAAAUCAAUUUAUUUCUUUUGAACCGAAAGCCGAAAUGUGUUUUUCCUAUUUGUCGUCAUUGUUCUCAUCCACCCCAACUUCCUCUCAUUAUUGAAGUUUCUCAUGUAUUCUACCUCAUUUAUUAUUGUUUUUUUUUGUUCAAAAUGUCAAUGUGACAAAACAAAUUGCCCGUAAUGUCUGAAACUCUGUUCUUUCCUAUGUAACUGUAUACGAAAAAUUCCCCCGUUAAUUUUUAAUAUGUAUUCUGUGUCCCAUCUUUGCCCCAGUUUAUUUUUUGUACCCCUGUGAGCGUUCAAAUUACCUCAGCAUCCAACAAUCUUUCCAUCUUAACAUCCAUCCCAUUGUACCUCUGAAUCUUGCUUCGCUUACCUCGUAACAAAUAUAUUUUUAUCGGCUUAAAACCUAAUAAAUCAUUUACCAGAAAA